AAUUCGUGUUAAUUUUGUUUUUUUCUGUCAAUUGUCAACCAACGGAAGAGCGUAUAGGUUAUUCAAAAAAGUGAUAUUAAUUAUUAGUAACGGCUGUUCUUUAAACAAAGUGAUAAGAUUAUUUUGUAGUUCAUAAAUAUUAACUGAAAAUGGAGCCAAUGACUUUGGGUAGUCCGACUAACUCUCCAUCAAAUAGCCCUAACGUUGCAUAUUUGCCGCCUUUCCUUUUGGGUGAAAUAAAUCCUCCUACGACUCCUCGUACAAACAGCCUGUCCCCGACGAAGGGCAGGAGUUUAGCUUUCGGUUCACCAACAAGUCCUAGUCAAACAUCAACUCCGGACCAGAAAGCUUACCGCCAGAACAUGUCUAUGCACCAGCAGGCACUGUAUAACCAGCAGAACAUGUACCCCAAUGUUCCCACCUCUCCAAACAUUUACCCUAGUAUGCCCACAACGCCUAACUUGUCCUACACAAGCAAACCUAACGGACCACCCAUCGAAGACCUCUUUGACACCAUCAAAAGUAACGAACCUUCCAUGAACAAGUCCCUAUUUCACGACAGUUUAUAUGGGAACAACAAUUCUAUGGUCCAAAAUGGCUAUGGCAAUAUGAACAAUUCAGUAAAUAAUCAGUCGUUAGCCACACCAUGGCAGGAUGGGUGUCAAGAACAUGAUGAGUACUGGGUGACUGUGUUUGGAUUCCCUCCAAAUGCUGCUAAUACUGUGCUGGCGAGGUUCAGCAACUGUGGUGCUAUUUUAG